CUUCUCCCCGACGGCGCCUGCGUUGAGGCGCGUGCCCGCCCCCGACUCUUGGGCCGCGUCCCGUCGCUAGGCAACGAGCGCGCGCAGCCCGGGGGCCAGAGACGCAGGCCCAGUGAGGAGGGGCGCGCGAGCCGAUGAGAAAACCGAGGCUCAGAGAAACUGAGUGACUUGCUGAAGAUCACACAGCUAGUAGAUGGCAGACCCGGACCCGGAACUUGGUCUGUCUGAUCCUGGGGUCUACGUGCACACUGCUGCCCCCACUGCCUCUCCUUUCUUACGGUCCAGCUGGGGCUGUGUUGCCUCCAGCUCUUAAAAUCUGAUUAAUGGUAAAUCCAGGCACGUGGACCCAACCUAAAGUAGUUUCUUGCUUAAGCCAUAGAGAGGAGAACGUGGUAGCGGUACCAGCAGAGCCCCGGCCGGCAGCAGCCGCAGUGGCACCAUUUCCCUCCCUCCCCUCCCCAGGCCUCCCAGCCGUCCCCUGUGAAACGCAGAGGACUGCCUCAUCUAUGUCAUAGGCGACUGGGGUUCCACCCUCACAAUGGCACAGCUCACAGCUUGCUAGGUGCUCAGAGCCCCUCUCGGGACCUCCUGCCUGCUGGUAUUUCCACCCUCCUCUAGGGUAGAAGUGUGUGGGUAGGUGGAGGCCUCAGCCACCCUUUACCACCAAUGUUUCAAGCUGUUCUGAGGCCUGAUGACCCCCAGGACCUGUCAUCUCACCUAGUACAGCUGAAGAGCUUCAGAAAAAAGUCUGUUUAAACAUACGAGCUAUUCGCAGGCCCACAAGGAUGGAAACCAACUACCUGAAGAGGUGCCUCGGAGACUGCCUGGCCCAGGCACUUGCCGAGGUGGCAAAGGUUCGGCCCAGCGACCCCAUAGAGUACCUGGCACACUGGCUUUAUCAUUACAGGAAAACCGCUAAGGCCAGAGAAGAGGAGAGGCAGGAGGAGAUCCAGCUGAAGGCAGAAUGUGGUAAUAGCCUCGGAGAAACAGAAGUAACGGAAAUGCUAACGCAAGAAGAGUGUCAGAUUCCACAGAGGGGUGAAAAGUGUCACAGGUCCCUGAUUUCUGUGGCUAGUCCCACAAAGAAGACCGUCUUCCUGCAGGAGAGCACAAAGCCCCUUGCGAAGGAGGCCUUGAAGCAGGCAUCCCUGCCGGGCGCUUCCAGGGUGGUUCCGGGAGAGCCUCAGCAGACUUCAGAGCCAUCUGGCUAGACUGACUGGAACGUCCAAACUCCACGAGAGACAAAUUACGAGGCUUUUGAGGAUGAAGUUGCUCCCUAAUGUAUUCUGGCUCCAAGUCUCCCUCGUAGGUUAUCGAAAGAUGGAUGAUUCUAAUAAUGCUUCUCUCAAAGCCGCAAACUGAGAUGCAGCCGCUAGAAGGGUUCCCACCUGGAGAUGGUAACUGUGUGGAUUACAGCAAGAUUUGAGAGGAAAGAGGUUUCUGCAGGGGCUCACCGGCCCAAGUUCAGCUGAUAGAGGCAUGAAGACUCCUUAAUCAUGUGAAGAUUUGGACUAGUUAUACGAUAAGAUAAACUAAUAAUAAGGAUUUAAAAUAAGUAACCAAAUGGAUGAGACUUUUUCCUCUUGUUUUAUCAUUUUUUUUGGAGACCAGACCAUGAAAACACGUCCAGCUCACGUGUUCACGUCUUGACUUUAGCUAAACUUUGCACUCAGACCCUCCACAGUGUUCACACACGUCCUGGCGUGGACCUGUGUCACUGACAACAGCUGUUUUCAAACAGCUCCAGUGACAGUAAAACUCAAAGGUUUGAAUUUUUUUUUCAAUUAUUCUCUAUAUUCAUUUAGAUAUCAUCUGUAUGCUGAUGGCUUCAGAUUUAUAUCUUUAAUCAAGAUUCCCUUGAGUGAGGGAGGGGCAAAAUGGUUGAAGGGGGUCAAAAGGUACAAACUUCCAGUUAUAAAAUAAAUAAAUCACUAUCGUUAAUGAUACCGUAUUGCAUAUUUGAAAGUUGCUAAGAGUAAAUCUUAAAAGUU